GGCAAAUGCUUUCUUUAAAGGCACUUCUUCAGGAUUGGAGAGCUGCCUUUCUUGGGUCUCAUGGGAUCAUCUGAGGUAGUCUGACCCUCAUCCACCUUACCUUUUUGACAAGGCAUAUCCAUUCUUCAGGAAAGAUUUUCUCCAUAGUAGUGCACAUUGAACCUUGAGCAGUUAAGCAGCACACUGGAAAUAUGGAGGAGGCGGACCUAAGUGAAAGAGGAUUGCCGCAAAUCGCAUCAAUCAUGAAUAGAGUUAGAAACUUGAAAAACAAAUACAGAAAUGAAGACAAUAUCACAGAUGAACUUAACUGUACUAAAAUCUCAGCUGAUACAACAGAUAACUCUGGAACUGUUAAUCAAAUAAUGAUGACAGCAAAUAAUCCAGAAGAUUGGCUGUGUUUUUUGCUUAGACUAGAGAAAAAGGGUGUUCCUCAGAUGGAUGUUAGCCUACUGAAUAGACUCAUUGGUCGUUACAGUCAAGCGGUGACUGCAUUGCCUGCAGAAAAGUACAGUGAAGAUGAGAGCUAUGCUCGCAUCCUUGUGAGAUUUGCUGAGUUGAAAGCUCUUCAGGAUCCAGAGGAGGCACGGGACCAAUUUCAUCUGGCCAGACUGAACUGCAAGAAAUUUGCUUUUGUGCACGUGGCUUUUGCACAGUUUGAGCUAUCACAAGAAAAUGAGAAGAAGUGUAAGCAGAUCCUUCAGAAAGCUGUGGAGUACUCUGCUGUUCCACUAGAAAUGUUGGAAACCGCUCUGCAAAACUUUCAUUUGAAAAAAAAGCAGUUACUUUCAGAUGAGGACAAGGAGAAUUUAGCAGUAUCAAGCACACAGGAGUCUGGACUUCAGAACAUAGUUGGAAAUCACAGAAGCAUAAAAAGAAAUGAUUCUGGUGAAAAUUCUACUCUUAACAAACUUUUUUCUGGGGAAGAAAAGUCCCAGGAACUUGGUGCUCUAGUUAAUUAUCACAAUCCAUUGAGACCACUAAACAAAUCUAACCAGACUUGCCCAUUUGGGAGGGUGCCUGUUCAACUGCUGUGUGAUGAUGGUGAUGAUGUGGAGAAUUCAGAUGUCAUCCCACUUACAGCUAGUGUUAUGAAGAGGCAGACAUCCAGCUCCAAAUGUACCGCUUUUGUUGCUCCUCUUCCACCAUCGGAACCAAAAUCUGAUGGGUGUGAUUCAUAUGACCUGGGAGACUUACAGUCCUUACAAGAAAAAGCUUCCUUACAGUUGCAGCUGUUGAAUGAGGACAGCUUAGAAACUGCCAGCAAUUCAACUGUAACUCUCAAACCCGAAGUGGAUACCAGUCUUGUGAGGAAAAGAGAAGAAAAUAAAGUUCAGUGUCAGGAGCAGAAAAUACUAGAGUCCAAGAGACUGGAAAAUCAACAGCAAGAAUCUAGAAAGCAGUUAGAUCAGAUUAAACUAAACUGUGUUAGCACCAGAAAAAAAUGGCCAGUUCAAGAAGCAUCACAGAAAAGCUGCUAUAGAGAGAGAAAACCAAUGAACCUUGAACAGUCUGGUCAUCCCAUUUCAAAAGGAUUAUCACCACCAGAUCCUGUUUCUAAGAGAAGUGAUCCAUCACAUGUUCGGGGAACACCAAGCACCACGUCUCAUGACUAUAUGGCCUGUUUCAGCACACCAGUUGUAAAGAACAAUUUUCUACCAGGAAGUCAAAUUUCUACUCCCUACAGCCAGUUUCCUUAUUAUCUACCACAUACUCCAUCAACUCCGUUUCAAAAUCAAACUGGCUUGCAGGUUCCAGCUUCUUUACCUUCACACGAAUGUCUUGCCAUCAAAGGAAAAGUUUAUACAGUGUUAAAGCAAAUAGGUAGUGGAGGCUCAAGUAAGGUGUUUCAAGUACUGAAUGACAAGAAGCAGCUGUAUGCUGUCAAAUAUGUGAAUUUAGAGGAAGCUGAUCAACAGACUGUUCAGAGCUAUAAGAAUGAAAUUGCUCAUUUGAGUAAACUGCAGCAACAUAGUGAUAAGAUCAUUCGCCUUUAUGGCUAUGAAAUUACUGAUCAACAUAUCUACAUGGUAAUGGAGUGUGGAAAUAUCGAUCUCAAUAGCUGGCUUAAGAAGAAAAAAAACAUUGAUCCAUUGGAACGAAAGAGCUAUUGGAAAAAUAUGCUGGAAGCUGUUCACACAAUCCAUGAAUAUGGCAUUAUUCACAGUGAUCUGAAACCAGCAAACUUUCUGAUAGUUGAUGGAAUGUUAAAACUAAUUGACUUUGGCAUUGCCAACCAAAUGCAACCAGAUGUGACAAGCAUCAUUAAAGAUUCUCAGGUUGGGACAAUGAAUUACAUGCCACCUGAAGCAAUAAAAGAUAUGUCUUCCUAUGGAGAAAAUGGGAAGUCUCGUUCUAAGAUAAGUCCCAAAAGUGAUGUGUGGUCAUUGGGAUGUAUUUUGUACUGCAUGACAUAUGGAAGGACUCCGUUUCAACACAUAACAAGUCCAAUAAAUAAACUACAUGCUAUUGUUGAUCCCAGUUAUGAAAUAGAAUUCCCAGAUAUUCCUGAGAAGGAUCUUCAAGAUGUGCUGAAGCGCUGUUUAAUAAGAAAUCCUAAACAAAGAAUAUCUGUUUCGGAGUUGUUGGUGCAUCCCUAUGUUCAAAUUCAAAGUCAUUGUCAAACAGAUGUCCCGAGUGCAAAAGGAACAACAGAGGAAAUGAAACGCAUCCUUGGCCAGCUUGUUGGCUUGAAUUCUCCCAACUCUAUUUCUAGAGCUGCAAGGACUUUAUAUGAACAGUGCAACAGUGGUAAAAGUCUUGAUGUAUCAGCAUUUGCGGAACUUGGCAGCCAAAAAACACGGACGACAAAAUGAUGUACUACAGUUCAGGAUGCAACACGUUUGGUCUGUUUGAUAAGUAUUUUGUGCUGCUGGCUUUUAAAGGACACUCAGCAUGAAGUUUGCAUUUUUAUAUGUUCCUUGUGUUCUUUUGAUAAUGCUUGCAGGUCAUUAAAAAGAAUUUAAUUGAAUGAUUUUCACCAUGGACUCUUUCACUCCUUGAAUACUACUUGGGUUGAACAAAGACAAUGGCUACUUGGUGAUUAUAGUCUGUUACUUACAAAGCACUACAGUGUCUGGAGUACAAAAACUUGUAUAAGAAUCUGAGUUCUCUUAUCCCUCUGAAGCUAAAAUUAAAAAAAUUCCAAAAAUACCAAUUGAUGUACACAAAAACCAUGUAAAUAUCUCUUGAGAUCUCCUAUGGCAUAAACAGAGUGUUAUGCUUUUCUGUCCUUUGCCAGGAAAUACCUUGUGUCCAGUUUUGACUAUAACUAAGGGAAUAAGCACUCUGUAUAAGCCAUCAGUUAUAAUACUGAGAGAGGCAUUAAUGAUAGAUAUAAAUGUCACCCAGUUUUUGAGCUGUUCCUGUGGUUAAGUGGUAUGAUGGAAGCAUCAGUGCUGUUAUGAAUUUAUAUGAAUAAAAUGGCUUUUGUUCUAUUAAAAAUGCUACUAUAAAUCUACUAUGCUUUUCCAAUUCCAAAAUAAUAGAAAACCCUUCAAGAUUCAUGAUGGUCAGAAAUCACUAAUUUGGAUUUUUAAAAGCUUUAAUACUAACCACACUCUAAAUUGCACUGAAUGUAGCAGAACUGUUUUUUACUGUGAUUCUUAUUGGAUUCUUUGAGGUUUGUUUUAACUCGUUUACAGCUGAUGAAAAUGUAUGAAUUUUAGAUUUAUUUAGAUAAUUGAAAGAUGUUAAAAUAAUGACCAAUAAUUUUAAAUUGGAACAAUAACUUCAGUUUCAUGACAGUUGCCAUGUUGUCUCAAACACUGGAGUGCAAGUCAAGUACCUGGAGAUUCUUUCUGACUCUGUGGUGGAGGUGGAUGUUCAUAGUAGUUCCACCAUCCAUAGGCUGCCUGGCAGGUCAGUUGUCUGGGGCUGGGAGAGAAUCCAUUCUUGCUGCCGGAAUUUUACUUUAGCCAACACAUCUUGCUCCCUUGGGAAGAUAUGGCUGGAGUUCAGAGAAUUCUAAUAAUCUACUUUGAGCACUGUAAAAUACUGAGUGGUAGUUUGAUAUUCUAAGGAUAUGGGUAUUGUUCUUGAGAACUUUUGGGUUGACCCUAUAAAAGGGGAACUGCUACAGCCAUUGCCAUGUGUAUUAGCAGGGCUGAGAACUUUGUUCUCUUUGUCUAGGUAAGAUUAUCUUAUAGGAAUAGGCAUAUUUUGCUGUGUGCUCUCUUCUGCUUGCCAUUAGUGUUUAUGGAGAAUCACUGUUGUCAACAUCUGUUAAAUGAAAUGCAUUACUUUUUAUACUGGAAUGCAGCUCUUUCUGCAGUAGUCCCGAUACAGAAUGGCAGCUGUGCUUUGCAUGAUUCUUCAGCUCACAGCAUAACCAUUUUCCAUGCUUGCAUACUGAGCAGUAAUAGUUUAUUAGUAUCACUCAGAGCCCUAUCACAAUGUCUAGGUCUGGAGUUAAAGAAAUUUAUAGAUCUGGAGCAAAGAACAGAGAUAUUUACAAUUCACUACCUGGACAGCAAUACUGGAGGAAAGACUUUAUUUCAGUGUGUUCUUGCUAUCUUUCCUGCCACUGAUUUAACACUGUUGGAUGAUUUUAUGGCCUGUAAGAACUGAAGAAUGAAAGAGAAGAACAUGAGAGAGAGCACAACAUGGAACUCAUAAGAAUUGUAUUUUUUCCCCCAAACUUUAGUAGCUUUGCUUUUCAAAUGAGGUUUUCAGAGCUUGCUAAUAUAAUAAAA